AUGUUAAAUGUUCUGCCUGGCCUGCGCAGUUCUUUUGACCAACCUGUUCAUUUUAAAGUCACUGGUCUUAUUCCGAAACAGACUGUGGAGCUGCAUUCCAAACUCACCGACGACAAAGGCAUCACCUUCCAAGCUCGGGCCAUCUACAGCGCAGACAUACAUGGAGAGAUCGACCUGGAAACAUGUCCAUCCAUAGGUGGUAGCUUUACAGGCACUCAGGCGAUGGGACUGUUUACAUCGAUGAAAUCUGAUGUGCUACAUCAUAAACUAUCCAAAAGGGACGCAUCGACGCCUGUAUUUGUAGAUGUUGAGUUGAUAAGCAAUGGACAGGUCCUUGGUAAAGAAACUCUGGAGAGGCGCUUUAUGGCGGAUGGGGUGCGAAAGGUUCCUUUGGAAAAUGACAAGAUAGCCUGCACAAUAUUCCUACCGCCAGGACCUGGGCCAUUCCCUGGUGUUUUGGAUGUGUAUAUCUAUGGUGGUGGUAUGAAUGAACUCCGAGCAAGCUUGUUGGCAAAUAAAGGGUUUGUGGUCAUGGCAUUGGCCUAUUAUGGCCAUAAGGUUUUGCCCAAAGCCCCAAAUACACUUGACUUGGAGUACUUUGAAAAGGCUGUGACAUUGUUGAGGACUCAUCCCAAGGUAAAGGGGCCAGAUAUAGGCAUUCUCUCAAUCUCCAAAGGUGGGGAUUUAGCUCUGGCGAUGUCAGCUUUCCUUCCUGGAAUCGCAGCAACUGUCUUCAUCAAUGGGUGUAUCGCCAACACCCAAAUUCCUCUCCAUUACAAAGAUAUGGUCAUCCCUCCCACCAAACAUGAUAUAAGCAAAGUUGUUGACACAGGUUAUGGAUUUCUGGAUGUAAGGGAUGUAACUGUUGAUCCUACGAUUGAGAACAAAACCUCCGUGAUUCCCAUUGAACGAGCCAGCUGCCACUUCAUGUUUGUAGCAUCUGAAGAUGACAGGAAUUGGAACAGUGGUUUAUUUGUCGAACAGGCUGCUCAACGGCUUCGAGACCAUGGGAAGGAGAACUUUGAGGUGAUCAGGUACCACAAGGCGGGUCACUUCCUGGAGGUUCCGUACAUGCCCCAUUGUCCCACCGCUUUCCACCCAUUACCGGGCGCUGUGGUGGCAUUUGGAGGGGAACCCCACGCUCAUGCUGAGGCCCAGGUCGAUCUAUGGAAGAGAGUCCCAGAAUUUUUCAAGAAGCAUUUAAAUAAUGAUCAUUCUGACUUUAAAGCCAUGCUGUAG